GGCAAUUAGAACUGUGAAAUACGUCUAUGACAAGUAAAAGACAUUAGAUAUUUUGGAUGCUCCAAUAAAUAUCUGCUUCUAUGCCUUGUCUCUAAUCAAGCACAGCUUUGACGUGGCAACUCCGUGGCACCAUGACACGUGUAAAAGCGGUGACAACUGUAACGUUCUUUUGUCCCCAACACCGCCUCCAAAGUAUUCAUAUCAUUCCCCCAAACCCAACCCCAACCCCUCCCUCCUCUCUUCCUCUCAUUCCUACCCAUUUUCACUUCCAUAAUCAUCAUCCUAUCCCCCCAACUUAUUAUUUUUUCUUUUUUUGAAGGUUUUUUUUUUUUAAACAGUAUACAUACAUACAUGGACGACUUCACAGCUACACACUCUCGGCCCGAUCCCCAGUCUUCUGGCUUUUCCGGAGAUAGUUCUCUUCCCUCAACCCUCCAGCGAACUCCAGAGGCUUCAGAAUUUACGUCUACUGAGUGGACAAAUGAGAAGCACAGCAUGUACCUGAAGUCCAUGGAAACAUCUUUCGUAAAACAGUUAUAUGAUUCCAUGGAUUUGCUUGGUUGGCGCUCAAAAGAGGGGAAAUUAUCACAUUCAAAAUCAUCAAGGCGUCCAUAUACUCAUUCCCGUGCCCCAUCUGGCCAGUUCAAAGUUCUUCGACGUGGGGGCUGGCAGAAUAUCAAAUUUGAAAGACCUGAAUCUACAUUGAAAAAGACUGAGGAAACUUGCGAUGCUGAUCUUCUUUCAAAUCGGUGGAUCCGGCAUUACAGAUCCGUAUGCAAGGACCAAGAUGUGGGAUCUCGUGCUGUCCCGGAACGUUUUGCCACCAUAACUCGAACAAUUGAUUCAGAAGGGAAGGAGGCAAUUUUGCUUGGAGCUGAUUCAAGUCCAGAGCAGCAGCUUUUUGUUGGUCAAUCUCAUUUGUGCAAUACAAUUGCACUUGAAGUUUCAGACCAGAAUUUUGUUGGUGAAGAUAUUGAAGGAGAAAAGAAGACAAGUGGCAAAUGCAGUGCAAAAAGGGUGAAAACUCGAGUAGUCCAUUCUUCAAGUAAUGAUCAGGUUGUUCCACUCCGCAAACCUCCCCCAAUGGAAGAUGCUGGCAACAACUGUAUUCCUGCAGAUUUAUGAAGGGGAAAAAAGAAAAAAAAAGAAAAAAAAGAAAAAAAGGGGACAAAACAUUUUGUGGCUUCUAACCAGAGGGAGAGACAGAGACUUCAUACGCACUAAUAUCGAUCGACGACUUGUCAUCAAAUACCUUUGCAUGCCUUAUGCGAGACGAAGAAAGAGGGAUAAGGGUAUAUAGACAUAUAUGAUAAUUAAUAUCCUGACUGUGUAUUGUAAAAUUAAUAAUAUAAUGGGGCAAAUUCAUCAUUUUCACUUUA